AGAGUCCGGCGCACUUCCUGGGGGCUCGGAUGAGUGAGUGGGUGUGUGUGUGUGAGAGUGCUCUACCUCAUUCAGUGCGACGUUUUAUUAAAGUUGUAAGAUGGCGACGGUGCAUCUGAGGAUCGGGGACCUAGUGUGGGGGAAGCUUGGUCGAUACCCACCAUGGCCAGGGAAGGUCGUAAGCCCUCCCAAGGACCUGAAGAAGCCCAGGGGCAAAAAAUGUCAUUUUGUGAAAUUCUUUGGAACUGAGGACCAUGCCUGGAUCAAAGUAGAACAGCUGAAGCCCUACCACCCCCACAAAGAGGAGAUGAUCAAGAUAAAUAAAGGGAAGCGCUUCCAGCAGGCGGUUGAUGCAGUGGAAGACUUCCUGAAGAAAGCCAAGGGGAAGGAUCAGAACUCAGACAGCAAAGCAGAGACGAAAGGAAAGAAGACACACAACAAGCCCCUGAAAAUACUUGAGGAGGAUGAUGAGGACCUCAGCGCCCUGAAGGACCCCUCUGAGAAGGACUUAACUGACUCUGACCCCGAGCCGUCCACUCAUGAGAGGCUGGGGGCUGGACCCGGUUCAGGAUACAAAUGGGAAAGGAGUCCUGUGAAAGAUGAUCCACAUUUCCAUCACUUCCUCCUCAGCCAGUCUGAGAAGGUAAGAGGAAGCAUGCUAAAUAUUUUCACAUCUACACCUCGUUUUUUCUUUUAUCCAGGUCUGGUUAUCGGUAGUAGUUUCAUAUAGCAGUUUGGUUAUGAA